CCAGGAUUUUUGUUUUUGUUUUGUUUUAAUUUUUUUUUUUCUCUGACUCUCUGGACUGAGAGCAGAAAUGCUGCCUUAGUGAGAGAGGUUCAGGAAGCGACAGGUUUCAUCUUUCCUUAGCCUGCCUGGCCUUUGGUGAGUUUGGGAUUGUUGACAGAGUUCUUAGCCUUCUUGGCAGAGAAGGAAGGUCAGAAGGAGAGAAGUCCACGGGCAGAAGGCCAGGUCUCUCCUUACCUCGUUAGGGAUAGCGUUGUCUGUCUGGUUGGCAGGACACACUGAAUCACAGAGACUCAGCAUUUCAGCAGUUUGCAAAGGGAAGUGAUAUGAAGGGACAGCUGCAAGUCAGCCACAACCUAGAUAGGAGGAGGUGAAGCAUUUACUUCACUUGGAAGAAAGAGAGAAGGAAGGAAGCCGAGGGCUUAGCAGGUCCCAGGUAUCAGUGGACAGCCAUGGCUCCAAGAUCCCGGCAACGAAGGCACAAGAAACCCCCUUCAUCGGUGACUCCCAUGGUUGUGACCCCACCCACAGUUGUGACCUCUGUGCCUCUGACCCUCUCAAAACCUGACCCUAGCAUUGAUGCACUUGGCUUCUUCUCCUUGGAGAAUAAUGUUCCUGGCCUAUCCCAGCUAAUCCUUCAAAAGCUAAACAUGAAAAGCUAUGAAGAAUACAAGUUGGUGCUAGAUGGGGGUGCUUCUGUAUCAGGCUUUGGAUUUCGAUGCCUUCGAGAAAUGUUCCAGAAGAUGGAGGACACAUUCCAAUUCUGUGCUCACUGUAGAGCUCUUCCUAGUGGCCUUUCAGACUCCAAGGUCCUGCGGCAGUGCAAGAGGUGCAGAAAUGUCUAUUACUGUGGUCCAGAGUGCCAGAAGUCAGACUGGCCAGAGCACAGGAAGGUUUGUCAAGAGCUGCGUCUGGUAGCUGUGGACCGUCUCAUGGAAUGGCUUCUAGUCACAGGUGCUUUUGUCCUACCUUCAGGACCUUGGCCAUGUGUGGCUGAAGUUGUACAGGGCUGGGAUACCUGGUUUUCUAUGCGGCAUUUACAGCUAGAAGCUACACUGGAUGCUGUACUAGGUAGUCAUGCCAUGAACACCCUGUGGGCCAACGUAGGACGUCCAAGGCCAGACCCAGAUGUCCUGCAGGGCUCUUUGAAGCGGCUGCUGACAGAUGCCCUAUCACGGCCCUUGACACUGGGCCUUGGGCUUCGGGCCUUGGGGAUAGAUAUUGGGAAGACUGGGGGAAGCACAGUGCAUGUGGUUGGUGCUUCCCAUGUGGAGACAUUCCUCACACGCCCUGGGGACUAUGAUGAGCUUGGCUACAUGUUUCCUGGACACCUAGGCCUCCGUGUGAUCAUGGUGGGUAUAGACGUAUCUGCUGACUUUACACAGAGCACCUCAACUUCCCCCCUGGAACCUGGCACAGUUCAACUUAGUGGCCAUAGGGGCCUCUAUCAUGACUUCUGGGAGGAACAGGUAGAGACUGGACAGAUAGCCCAUCCAGAUUUGGUGGUGGCAUUCCAUCCAGGUUUCCAUGCUUCCCCAGAUUUGAUGGAGGCUUGGCUGCCCACCCUCCUGCUGCUUCGUGAUUAUGAGAUCCCUACAUUGAUCACUGUUUACAGAAUGUCAUACCCAGGCUAUCCUCCAACAGGCUACCCACCUUUCCCUGGAUAUCCUCCUGCAGGUCAGGAGUCAUCUUUUCCCCCUCCGGGUCAGUAUCCUUAUCCUAGUGGCUUUCCUCCAGUGGGAGGAGGUGCCUACCCCCCAGCCCCAAGUAGUGGCUACCCUGGAGCUGGAGGCUACCCAGCCCCUGGAGGUUAUCCAGCCCCGGGAGGUUAUCCUGGUGCGCCACCACCAGGGGGCGCUCCAUCCUAUCCAGGAGUUCCUCCAGGUCAAGGGUUUGGUGCCCCACCAGGUGGAGCAGGCUUUUCUGGCUAUCCACAGCCACCCUCACAUUCUUAUGGUGGCAGCCCAGCACAGGUCCCACUACCUGGUGGCUUUCCUGGAGGACAGAUGCCUUCUCAGUAUCCUGGAGGACAAGCUCCUUACCCAAGUCAGAUCAAUACAGAAUCCUUUCCUUCCUAUCCUGUUUUCUCUCCUGUUUCUUUGGAUUAUAACAGUGAACCUGCUGCAAUGACUCAGGGAACUCAAGGAACAGUCCGACCAGCUGCCAACUUUGAUGCCAUGAGAGAUGCAGAAAUUCUUCGUAAAGCAAUGAAAGGUUUUGGGACAGACGAGCAGGCAAUUGUGGACGUUGUGGCCAACCGUUCCAGCGAUCAGAGGCAAAAAAUUAAAGCAGCUUUUAAGACCAUGUAUGGCAAGGAUUUAAUCAAAGACCUUAAAUCAGAGUUAAGUGGAAAUAUGGAAGAACUGAUCCUUGCCCUAUUCAUGCCACCUACAUAUUACGAUGCCUGGAGUUUACGGAAUGCAAUGAAGGGAGCAGGAACUCAGGAACGUGUAUUGAUUGAAAUUUUGUGCACGAGAACAAAUCAGGAAAUCCGAGAAAUUGUCAGAUGUUAUCAGUCAGAAUUUGGACAAGACCUUGAAAAGGAUAUUAGGUCAGAUACAUCCGGGCAUUUUGAACGUUUACUGGUAUCCAUGUGCCAGGGAAAUCGUGAUGAGAACCAGAACGUUAACCACCAGUUGGCUCAGGAAGAUGCUCAGCGUCUCUAUCAAGCUGGUGAGGGAAGAUUAGGGACAGAUGAAUCCUGCUUUAACAUGAUUCUCGCCACAAGAAGCUUUCCUCAACUGAAAGCUACUGUGGAGGCUUAUUCCAGGGUGGCUAAUCGAGAUUUGCUAAGUAGUGUUGCCCGUGAAUUUUCUGGAAAUGUUGAAAGUGGUUUAAAGACCAUCUUGCAGUGUGCCCUGAACCGCCCUGCCUUCUUUGCUGAGAGGCUCUACUAUUCUAUGAAAGGCGCCGGCACAGAUGACUCCACCCUGGUCAGGAUUGUGGUCACUCGAAGUGAGAUUGAUCUUGUACAAAUAAAACAGACCUUCAGUCAGAUGUAUCAGAAGACCCUGGGCACAAUGAUUGCGAGUGACACAAGUGGAGAUUACCGAAAGCUUCUUCUGGCCAUUGUGGGCCAAUAGGAGGGAUUUUUUUUUUUUUUUUUUUUUUUUUUUUUUUUUAAAUAAAUGAAGCAUAUCCUUCAGUGAUUGACCUGCAUGCAGCAGUAUCAACCAUCACCUAACCAAAAGAGCUUUUUACUAAGGACCAUGUCAGGGUAUUGUGCUUGGUUUGCACAUGUGGUUACUGCCUUAAUUCCAAUGUUAUUUUUUUCUCUGUAUACAAUCAAUUUGAAGCCAUAUCACAAUGAUGUAGUACUAAUGCAAUGGUUGUAAGGCAUAAUUUGCACUGUUCUUAUCCUAAUCAGGAUCCCAAAUUGAAUAAAAAAAUCACAGCAGUUUCCAAGUCUGCAUAAUAAAGCUGAAUAAAAGAAAAAGUUGCAAAA